AUGAGACUUAUAGCUUGGAAUGUGAGGGGUGUAAAUGAAGUUUAUAAACAAAAAGAAGUAAAGAAGUUCAUUGUAAAUAAUGAAGUAGCACUGAUAGCUAUACUGGAAAACAGAGUAAAGGAAGAUAAUGCUAGCAGAGUAACACAAAAAUAUGCAACUAACUGGAAAUGGUGUGCAAACUAUGCACAUAGCUCAAAAGGAAGAAUAUGGGUUAUUUGGGACCCAAACAGACUGGAGUUUGAAGCUACUACCAUGAGUUCUCAGGCUAUUCAUGGAAUCCUUAGCAUUCCUCGUUUACAUCUAAAACUGCACUUGAAAGCAGUUUAUGGUUUGCAUACUAUUGAGGCAAGGAAGGAGUUAUGGGAAGAGUUGAAGGGGGUGAGUAUAUCAGUCCAAAGGCCAUGGCAGUUUGGCAACCCAGUCCAAGAGAAUGAAAUAAGGGAUUACAAUGACUUUAUACAAGCUAGUGGCAUGAUAGAGUUACGAGCAAUAGGGAGGAAAUAUACUUGGUCAAAUGGACAAAUCUGGAGCAGGAUAGACAGAGCUCUUGUGAAUGCAGAAUGGUUGAUGACAGCUGCUAUUACUGAAGUAAUGAUCUUAAACCCUGGGAUUUCAGACCAUACUCCACUAAGUAUUCAACUAAAAGAUGAUGUGCAUAUAAGUCCAAAGCCUUUUAGAUUCCUGAACUGCCUUGCAGAUUACACAGACUUCCUAAAAGUGGUGGCUAAUACUUGGUGCGAAACUACAGGAAAGCAGCACAUGCAUGACAUAUGGUGGAAGCUUAAAGCAAUGAAGAAAGAGUUGAAACAACUGAAUCAUACAGAAUUAAGAAAUGUAGGGGAGAGGAUUGAGUUCUAUAGACAGAAGUUGCAAGAUAUUCAAACACAAAGGGGCCAUCACACUCAACCAGAUCUACUGUUUGAAGAAGAGAAAGAAGUGAAGGUUGAACUAGAGAAAUGGAGCCUAGUGGAGGAAAGUAUUCUGAAGCAGAAGUCUAGGAACAAAUGGCUAGAACUUGGUGAUGAGAACAAUUCUUAUUUCUCUGCUAGUUUGAGGAAUAGACAGGCUCAAAACAGAAUUACAAGCCUUAUUGAUUCUAAAGGAGAUAUUAUUCAACAACCAGAAGACAUUGCUGCAGAAGUGACUAGUUUCUAUAAAAUACUAUUAGGGAGUGCUGCUGCUCAGCUUCCAGCAAUUGAUCCUUAG